CUCAGCGGCAGAGCGGAGCGGAGCUGCGAGGCGCCAGCGAGGAGCAGGCGGGCGGGCCGGCGGGCGCGAGGCGGAGCGCGGGCGGUCGGGGAAGCUCGGAGGGCGGACGGCAGCGGCAAGCCAUCGGCCCGGGGCUGCGGGAGCCGGAGACCGCGGCGGCGGCGGCUGCUGCUGCAGGAGAAGCCGAGGGGACACCGCCCCUGCCCGCGCCCUGCCUCAGGCCAUCGCUGCUCCCCCGGGGCCCCGCGCGGACUAGUCUCCGUGAAGUGUCACGAUGUCUGACCGGAAGGCAGUGAUCAAGAACGCAGACAUGUCUGAGGACAUGCAACAGGAUGCCGUUGACUGCGCCACGCAGGCUAUGGAGAAGUACAACAUAGAGAAGGACAUUGCUGCUUAUAUCAAGAAGGAAUUUGACAAGAAAUACAACCCUACCUGGCAUUGUAUCGUGGGCCGAAAUUUUGGCAGCUAUGUUACACAUGAGACAAAGCACUUCAUCUAUUUUUACUUGGGUCAAGUUGCAAUCCUCCUCUUCAAGUCAGGCUAGGUGGCCACAGUGAAGGUGUCAGUGGCGGCGGCAGCGAUGGCAGGCGGCGUUGCUGGGACUGUUUUGCACUGGGGCCAGCAUCAGGAUGUCCUCUCCAAUGGCUGUGCUACUGCAUGGACUGUAUACUCGAUUUCAUGUGUAUGUCGCAGUAAACAAAACCAAACUUCUUUCUGUUUAGUUGCCUGGGGAAGAAGGCUGCUUUAUGUUUAUUUUUCAAGACUUUUUAAAAUUUUUUUCUUUGGUUGUAUUGCACUAGGAAAUCUCUCCCACCCCUCCCUCUUCUCUUUCUCUCCCUACAUAUAAUAAAAAGCCCUCAACAAAGCCUGAAAGACGGGAGGGCUAGGGGAGAGAAAUCGGUUUCUGGAGGCGGAACUCAAACUGUGCAGCCACCUCCUCCUGGUGGUGGGUGCUGCUUUGGGAGGUCCAGGGAGGCUACAGGGGACAGCAUAAGGGUUGGCAAGGAGAGAGGGAUAGGAAGGAGGGUGGGGGAUUGAUCUAGUACCAGGGAGAAUAUUCCACUGAACUGUGAUUCCACGGCUUGGGGCAGAGGGUAGGGUGGGGUGGGGGGUGGAUUCUUUAAGGGGCCCUGAGACGUGUUUGUCUGUGGUGUGUGGGAGUGGGGAGCAGACUUGUCUUGCUGUCUUUGUCAGAAGAGUUUCUAAGUAAGGGCUGUGUCUUUGUGGAUUACCUUCUUUUAUUCUUCCUGCCAGAGCUCAUGCUAGGAGGAUGUUGGGGGUAGGAUUAGCUUGAUUUUUCUCUAUUCAUUCUUCUCUCCUUCUGUCUGCUCCCUGCUUAGCCCUCGGUUUUCUCAUUCCUCUGGAGUUCUCUUAAAGCAGCCCCUGUUAGUUGGCUGGCAAGGGAAUUUCUGGUGACUGUAGUUCCUUAGUUAAGUCUUAGCAAUCAAACCAAAUCAAUGUCUCCCUUGAUUCUCCUCUGUAUAUCUGUGUGUAUGUAUGUGUGUGUCUUGGUUUGGGGUAGAGGGGAGGGAGGGGCAGGACAGUGUGGAAUCUCUAGGGUGUAUGCGUAGGUAGCCUACACGGUUAGUUCUAAUUGGGCCUUUAUGUUAAAAACCUCUGGGGGUGUCUGCUUUGGGGGUGAAGACAGUGGUCAAGCCCCUUAGGCCAUCUGGCCCAGACACUACUUGGCCUAUGGCUGUCUGCUUCCCAGAAGGCUUUAGGAGGAUACCCCAUGAGGAGAUGGCCAUGAUGCCAUCUGCCCUGGAACUGAUUCUCAGUAACUUUGGGGUGACUUUGUGGGGGAAAGUGACUUUGUGGGUGGUUGCAGCCUCUUGUGGGAGGUGGGGAUGGAAGUGAUAGAGGACUGCAAGGACCUUUGGGGGAACUUCAGAAGGGAUUAGUCUUGCAGUGGUGGAGCCCAGGUAUCAGGAGAUGGAGCAGGGCCCCUAGUGGGAGGAGAUUCCAAGGAGAGUGCAGGGGGAAAUCUUGUCUAUUGAUCAAACAGGGAUGGGGGGGCGGGGGAGUCAUUGCCGACUGAGCUGCUGAUUAUUGUAAAUCGCAUUUAAAACUCUCAUCUGUAGGGUUGGCACUCUGGGAGUGGGGUGGUUGGGAUCCAGUUCAUUCAUUCUUUUCUUUUUUUCCCCCUGAGUCCAUCCUUGGGGCCUGGGGAGGCAGGAGAAUGCCCCCUCCCCAAGCCUUUAGUGUGUGCCGAGCUUUCUCUUUGAUGCUGACAGGGGAGGGUGGGUACUGGGAUGGUGAAUGAGUUCCCUAUAUCAAACCCUUCAGUGGGCACAAGAUUGAGUGCUUGGUUUUAGGUUUUUUUUUUUUUUUUUUUUUAAUGAAUGUCCAAAUCUGUGUUUCCCCCUGCCUUCCCAGACUUGUGUGGCCAGUUGGAAAUGUCUGGUUUGUGUUCAUCUCUCCCUCAUUUCUGGAGCAGGGGCUCAGACCCCACCACAUCUCCUAUGCUCUGCAUCCAUGCCUCUUUUGGACAUUAAAGGUCGAUUGAUGCACUUCUGAGCUGUUUGGGUUUUUUGGGGGAAGGGGGAACAAAAGGAUUGCUCUGGUGGCAGUUGGGCCACACAUGGGUGGGGGUAGAGUGCAUCAAAGGUGAAGUAGAAUGAGGGCUGAAGAGUUAAGACCAAGCAAAGAGGCUGAUUGGCCUGAAUCAGAUCUUAGUUGUAGGGUCUAGUCUAAGGCCCUUUAAUUGGGAGGAAAAUUAACCAGUAGUACUUACCUACAAGACUUUCUAGGUCCCUUAAUAGAGAUGGCCAGGUGAGCCAUAUUUUGGGUCUUUGGUACAGAUGUUGCCUUCCCAGUUUCCAGCCCCAGGUCCAGAUGGCAGUUUUCCAGCUGCUGCUUAGACCUGAAGGAGCUUAGCUUCUUAGAACCUUUGGCCAAGGAGUUCAUAGCCUUCCUACUCCUGUGCUUUCCUGAGACCUGCACAUUAUAUCCGGUAAGUUCUGCUCUAGCUACUUAGAAGUGGAAAAGUGGGGGAUUUCUAGAAAGGGGGGAAACAAUCUUGGUGGAACCCAGGGAUUCUCCGACUCCUAGGUUAUCCUGGUUGUCCUGCUCUAGGGCUUCUCCCCCCACACACCUAAGGAGAUGGGCAGUACUUUUGAGCGUAUCUGCCCACCCCUGGUACCAAGCAGUUGUCACAAUCCUUGUGGGAGUAUCAGAGAGCAGGGGUGCUUUUUACUCCUUUCCAUUGCCACUUACUCAAAAACAUUUACUGGAUUUUUAUGUACUUGAGCCUAGGAUGCUGUCACACAGCAAGACAAGUUCUGAGCUUCCAUAGCACAUAUAUUCUAAUCAGGUAGAGCAGGCCUACACAUAAUAUGCUCUUUCCAAUAGUGAUAAAUGUACAGUCAAGGAAAUAAACUGGGUAAUGAGCUAUUCAAUGUUGGAGGUAGGUACAAUGAAUUCCUUCAGGUACAAAGUUGGUAGGCUGGAUCUUGGAGAAGGUUUUACCUCUGGGGCAGUGGCUCUAGGGACUCUAGACCCCCAAUUUCUGUUCCUACCUUCACUAGUAUGAAAAAUUGGACAAAGCUAGAGCAUUGAGGGAUGAGAGUGAGGCCACUGUCCACAUUUUGUCUCUGAUGGGUAUCUCUAGUGCCCAAACUCCUCUUCCUGCCCUGGUGAGAGAGGCCGUCCAACUGGUGUCUGUGGACACAUCCCUUCACAGGUAGGUACACUGCACAUCUGGAAGGCUAAUCUUUUUUUCUUUUUUUUUUUUAAGAUGUAUUUAUUCAUGAAAGACAGAGUGAGAGACAGAGGCAGACACAUAGGCAGAGGGAGAAGCAGGCUCCAUGCAGGGAGCCUGAUGUGGGACUCGAUCCCGGAUCCUGAGAUCGCAGGAUCACGACCUCAACGAAAGGCGCCCAACCGCUGAGCCACCCAGGCGUCCCUGGAAGGCUAAUCUUGCAAGGCUUUGUGGGGAGGAUGUGUUCUAGAAGGGGCUAUGGAUGGCAGAUGGACAUCAUAGUACAGAAGAACACAGCCACUGUCAGAAUGGGCCAAACAGUGGGAUUUUCCAUAUCCUACCUCUCUUUUAUCCUGUUCAGUCUUCUGGGGCCUUUGGCUGAACAUAACCAAAAGGCAGAUGGCAAGGCUGACCCAGGGAUGCAAUCUAUAGGGAACAGGAAAGAAGAGUGGAGAAUAAAUCCAAAUGGGGGGCAGACUGAACCACCAUGGUAGUUGUCUCUGUUGCCAUGGAUGUGUCUGUGUCUCUCCAGAAUUCUAGUGUCCACUAGCCUAGACCUAAGGGGUGGCUGUCCCCCAGACUCUCCUCUCGCUUCUUAAUGUCUAUACUCAGACAUCCUGUUACCUAUCAGAGGGGCCUACUGACAUCCUGUAUGAAGCAGCACCUACUAACCUUAUCCAGUUUAAUUCAGCACAGAACCUGCCAAUGCUUGACAUGUUUAUUAUUUACUUGUAGGUCUCCCGCAACUAGAAGAUUAACUCUGUAACAGCAGGGCCAUUUUCUCUUUUCUUCACUGCCUUAUCUUCACACAGAAUGGCACUUGUCCUAUAUUAAAUGCUUGGUAAAUGUUGGUCAAAUGAAAAAGUGUAAGUGAGCAUCGUUAGCCCCUCUACCCCAGGACAGCCCAGCCUUUCCUGAAGACAAUUCUGUCUGGCUUGCUGCCCUCUUGCUACCCAACCUGUACAUAAUUACCUGCUGCCUGGAAAGGAGUGAGUGGGUCACAUCCCAAGUGUGCUCAAGCUUUGGCCCUUCUUCCUUGCCAGCCGUGGAAGAAUGAAAGGGUGUGUUCAUAAAGUAUAUUUAAAGACAUUUCAGUUUGUUUACGAACUGGAAACCUCCAAGCACCCCUCUGAGCUAGACUCAGCAGUCACUAGCCACAUUUUGGAUAAGCAAACAAUUAUAGAGGGCGAGUGACUUGCCAAAGCUGAUAGUGUUAUAGAGCCCAGGCACUGUGACUCAUAAGGGCUGAACUGGGUUUGACAGAAGUGGUUUCACUGAUAUUCCUUAAGGUUUAGGCCCAGCUCUCUAAGCUUAGGAGCAAAGCCCUGGUUCCACCGAUAAUCCCUUUCCUGGCCUCUGCUUUAGCAAGGGCAGGGAGGUUAGUUCCCUGUUCUUCCCUUCUCAUUCCUCCCAUAUACUAAGGAUUGAGGACUUGCCCCUUUUUUCUUGAGGUCUCACUAGAGAGGUAAUAAGUCUUGUGGACUUAGAGAACAGAAUCUGAGUCCUGGCCUCCCACAGCUUCUCUACCAUCCUGCCCUAUAUCACCUGUUGAAGAGGUCAAGUGUACCUUUAUGUAUAUGUGUAAUGUAAUGGCCUUGGUGUCCACACCAAUGUAGAGGCAUACUUCUAUGCAUAGACUGCUGCUGUGCCAGUAUAGACAGGUUCAUGAGCAAUCAGAGAAGACCCUAGAUCCCUGCACCUCUGCUCUCUUGCUUUGUCCAAACAAAGGUAUAUAGUGUUUGCACUAAGGCUGCUAGACAUUGCUUUCUUGAGUUCCCAGAGAGAGGCUAAACAUGCAAAGACAGUGUGAUAGUGUGGGCAGAACCCAGGAUCUAGGAUUUGAAGAUCUGGAGCUGAGUCCCAUCUCCAACACUUACCCACUGUAUGAACUUGGGCAAGUCCUCUCAGGUUCAAUUUCUUCAUCUGAAAAUGGGAAUAAUACCUAUCUACCUUAAAGGGUGGUUAUGAGGAUCAAAUGACAAGUGUGAAAGUGCUUUGAAAUUGGAAAGCAAUGAGGAGGAGGAUACGGAUUAUCGAGGUCUGACAAUAAAGCUUGGGGAAAGAAAGGAUUCUGGAGAGUCAGGCCCUUCAAAUGCUCCCCUCUCUGUCCAAAUGCAUCCAUAUUAUAGAGAAGAAAUUAAGGUCCAGACAGAGAAAGAAACUUCCCUAAAGUUACAUGGAUGUUGGGGACAACCGGGAUGUAGAACUUGAUCUCCUGACUCCCAGGCCAGUUCUGAUUCCAGUUUGAGGUGGUGGAGAGAACUAAUUUAUCAGUAGGUGCUGAGCCCCCUAAUGAACUCUGGAAUACCCUGUAUUUGGUGAUGGGCAUACAAUUCAGUGUUUUGGUUUCUUAAAAAAAAAAAUAUUCGAGAGAGAGUGUGAGUAUGAAUGAGUAGGGAGAGGGAGAGUCUGAAGCAGAUUUGGCACUGAGCCACCUAAGCACCCCCAAUUCAGUGGCUUUUAGCAUUUUCAAAGUUGUGCAACCAUCACCACUAUCUAAUUCCUGGACUCCCAAAGAAACUUUGUACCCAUUUGUGGUCACUCCUUAUUCCUCUUUCCCCCUAGCCCCUGGAAACCACUCAUCUACUUCCUGUCUUUUUUAAUUUGUCUAUUCUGGACUUCCACGUAAAUGAAAUCCUACAAAUGUGGCUUUUUGUGUCUGGUGUCUUUCACUUAGCAUAAUGUUUUCAAGGCUCAUCUGUGUUGUAGCGUUUAUCAGCACUGCAUUGUUUUUUUCUGGCCAAGUAAUGUUCCAUCAUAUGAACAUAUCACAUUUUGUUUAUGCAUCAAUUGAGGGACAUUUGGCUUGUUUCUGCUUGUUGGCUAUUGUGAACAGUGCUUCUAUGAACAUUCAUGUGUAUGUUUUUAAUUCUCUUGGGGCAUCUUUUAUUUUUUUAAUGCCAAUUUGCCUUUCUAUUUUAAAAAAAUCUCCAUUGAAAUGGGCUUUUUUUCUGUAAAUGGUCAGAUACUAAGUAUUUUAGGCUUUAUGGGCCAUAUGACAUCGUGUAUACAGUUGUCACAACUGCUGAACUCUGCCAUUGUAGAAUAAAAGCUGCCAUAGGCAAUAUAUUAAAAAAUGAGCAUGUAUGUGUUCCAAUAAAACUGUAUUUUUUAAUUUUAA